CCACGUUUUUUUUGUCUCGAUAUUUUCUCUCUCCUCUAAAACCCCUUCUCUUUGCCAUCAUCUCCUUCUCCCCCUGUUUUAGUUUUUUUUUUUGAUUUAUUUUUGAGUUAUUUUUGGGAUAUAUAAAUAGUUCCGAGGCGUAGCCGUCGAGGCUCUUUCUUCUUCUCUCAGUAGAUCUCACUCUUUUUAUUUUCUCAUUCUCUUUCUCUCUCUUCGUUUUUUUUUUCUGCUCGAAUUGUUCGAUCUCAGUUCGUUUUUUAUUUAUUUAUUCAAAUUUAGAUCGGAAUUUUUGUUUCAGGCCUCGGAUUCUCUCUCGAUCGAUUUUGAGAUCCGAGUGAGUUGGCGAUGGCGGCCGCCCCGGAAAAAUGGUUUAGGGGUAUGGUGAAGGGUGUUCCUUCUGGUGAUAGUUUGGUGGUGAUGAAUAUGAGCAAGGGAGAUGUUGUUCCAAUGGAAAAGACUGUCACUUUGUCACAUAUCAUGGCUCCUAGACUGGCUCGAAGAGAUUCAGAUGACGAGCCCUUUGCAUGGGAGAGCAGAGAGUAUUUGAGGAAACUCUGCAUUGGAAAGGAGGUAAUUUUCAAAAAGGAUAGUACUGCACAAACAGGGAGAGAGUUUUCUACUGUGAUACUUAAUGGAAACACUAAUGUGGCUAAAUUGGUGGUUUCACAAGGCUGGGCAAAGGUAAAGGAACAGAAAGGUGAAGCAAACGCUGAAUUGGCCGAGUUGCAGCAACUUGAGGAACAAGCAAAGCAGCAAGGUUUAGGCAAGUGGAGCAAGGUGCCAGGUGCUUCAGAGGCUUCCAUCAGAAAUUUACCUCCUUCUGCCAUGGGUGGAUCUGAUAAUUUUGACGCUGCGGCUUUAAUAUCCGAAAACAAGGGAAGGUCAAUGCAAGCAAUUGUGGAGCAGGUUCGUAUUGGAAGCGCAGUGCGAGCCUACUUGCUCCCCGAGUUUCAGUAUGUUCAGGUUUUCGUGGCUGGAGUCCAGUGUCCAUCAAUGGGAAGGAAACCAGCUCCAGAGAGAGUUCUAGAAGCCGAAGUGAGUGCAGAUGGAUCCAAUGGAGAAACUGCUACUGAACCUCGUGCCCAGAUGACCUCAGCACAGAAACUUACUGCUUCUGCUGCAGUGGGUGUGGAAGUAGAUCCAGAACCCUUUGGAAGGGAAGCAAAGCACUUCACGGAAAUACAUACACUUCAUAGAGAUGUACGCAUUGUCCUUGAGGCCCAGGACAAAUAUGGAAACCUGGUUGGUUCAGUUUAUUAUGAUGAUGGUGGUGAAGCAAAGAAUCUGGCCUUGGAGUUGGUGAAAAACGGCUUAGCUAAAUACCUUGAGUGGAGUGCAAGAUCUUUGGAAGAAAAGGAGCGCAAAGAAUUGAAAACAGCAGAGCUUGAGGCAAAGAAGAAGCGAAUCAGGAUGUGGACCAACUAUGUACCCCCUGCUACAAAUUCAAAAGCAAUUCAUGACCAAAAUUUUACCGGAAAGGUGGUUGAGAUUGUUAGUGGAGACUGUAUUGUCGUUGCAGAUGAUGCUGAGCCAUUUGGUAGUCCAUCGGCAGAGAGAAGGGUCAAUCUCUCUAGCAUAAAAGCACCCAAGCUGGGUAAUCCACGGAGGAGCGAUAAUGUACCUGAGCCAUUUGCUCGUGAGGCAAAGGAGUUCCUCCGCCAAAAGCUAAUUGGCCGUCAGGUAAAUGUUUCUAUGGAGUACUCGAGAAAAGUUCCCCUUGGUGGUGUAACUGAAAAUGCAGCUACAUCAACCGAAUUUAGGGUCAUGGAUUUCGGAACUGCAUUCCUGAUUGCUCAAUCAAAGGGUCAAGGAGGUGAUGCUACAUCAGUUCCAUCAGCUGGCAGUCAGGAAGUUGGAUACAAUGUUGCUGAAUUGUUGGUUAGUCGUGGACUUGCCAAUGUUGUACCACAUAGAGACUUUGAAGAGAGAUCCAAUUACUACGAUGCACUUCUAGCAGCUGAAGCGAAAGCAAGAGCUAGCAAGAAAGGGAUCCAUGGUGGUUCUUCUCCCUCGAACCACAUUCAAGACCUCACCACUGCUUCAGCAAAGAAAGCCAAGGAAUUCUUGCCAUUUCUGCAACGAAAUAGGAGACUUCCUGCCAUUGUGGAAUAUGUACUCAGUGGCCAUCGGUUCAAGCUGCUAAUUCCCAAGGUCACUUGUAGUUUAGCAUUUUCCUUUUCUGGUGUGAGGUGUCCUGGACGAGGUGAAAACUAUUCAGAGGAAGCAAUUGCAUUGAUGAGGAGGAAAAUAAUGCAGAGAGAUGUUGAGAUUGAAGUAGAGAAUGUGGAUAGAACCGGAACUUUCUUAGGAUCCCUUUGGGAAUCUAAGAAGAAUAUGGCUUCAGUUUUACUAGAAGCUGGCCUUGCAAAGUUCCAGACCUCUUUUGGUACAGAUCAUAUACCAGAUGCUCAUCUCCUUGCUCAAGCUGAGGAGUCUGCCAAACGCCAGAAGCUGAAGAUAUGGGAGAAUUAUGUCGAAGGACAAGAAGUUGCUAAUGGAUCAUCAGUCCCUGAAAGCCGACAGAAGGAAGUUCUAAAGGUGGUCGUUACUGAAGUCCUUAGUGGCGGCAAGUUCUAUGUUCAAACAGUUGGCGACCAGGUGGUUGCUUCCAUUCAGGCACAGCUUGCCUCCCUGGACAUUGGCGAUGGUCCUGAUAUCAGCAGCUUUAACCCCAAGAAGGGUGACCUGGUUCUUGCUCAAUUCACUGCAGAUAAUUCAUGGAACAGAGCGAUGAUUGUGAAUGUACCCCGUGGUGGCAGUGUUCAAUCCCCAAAAGAUGAGUUUGAAGUUUUCUAUAUUGAUUAUGGUAAUCAAGAAGUACUCCCCUACAGCCGUCUGCGGCCUCUACCUCCUUCAGUUAAUUCUGUACCUGGAUUAGCUCAGCUCUGCAGUCUUGCAUUUGUAAAGAUCCCAAGUUUAGAGGAAGAUUACGGACAAGAAGCUGCUGAGUAUCUGAGUGAGCUCACUCUUGACAGUUCCCGAGAAUUUAGGGCCAUGAUUGAGGAAAAAGAUACAUCUGGAGGAAAAUCUAAAGGUCAAGGAAGUGGCACAGUUCUCCUUGUGACCUUGGUUGACGUGGAAGCCAGUUCAAGCAUCAAUGCUGCGAUGUUGAAGGUUGGACUUGCUAGAUUAGAAAAACUUAAAAAGUGGGACACGAAGGAGAGGAAAUCUGCCAUCGAUAACCUGGAAGAAUUCCAGGAAGAGGCGAAGAAAAGCCGCAGUGGAAUGUGGCAGUAUGGAGACAUACAGUCUGAUGACGAAGAUACUGCUCCUCUACCUUCAAAGAAAGUUGCUGGUAAGCGUUGAGCGACGUCAACUGGCAGUCUGUUAACCCAUGGUUUAGCGAUAGGGCGUGACCAAAUCUUCCGGAGUACAAGAGAAUAGAGAAGAGGAAAAUCAAAGUCUUAAAUUAAACUACUCAGUUCGUUUUUUAGUGGUUGCCAAUUUUGUUAUUUUUUUUCUCCCUUAUGUUAUAAAUUUUCUCUUAAGGACUUUUGGACAGUUUAGUGCACACUGCCCCCUCCUCCAGUCCUCCCCUCGCCACCCCUCUCCUUUCCUCACCUCUCAAUACUUGAAUAAAAAGUGUCGGAGCUUUCCUGAGCGCUUUACCUCUAUGUAGAGAGGCUGCGCUGACAAUUUUCUCACUAGUGUUAAAUUUUGUACCAUUUUUUAUAUACUACAAAAAACGUUUUCUA